UAAGACCAGCAUGUUCAAAUUCAGUCCCCCCAUCUUGUUGUUGCUGUUAUAUUCAUCUCCUGUGGUGCAGACUUGCCUACAGUGUGACCGAGUGGUGGUCUAUAUCCAUGAGGAUUUCUUAGUGAGCCAAGAAGGCCUCACCGUUCAAGAGCAAAAGGACUUACAAAACGUCAUUGACCAUGGCUAUGUCACUUUUCAAGAAGCCAGCAGGCAAUACCAUGGAGUCAUUGACCCCACCACUCUGUACCAAGCCCGCACUGAGUACCACAGUGAGUUUGAGCGCUACUGGCAGGAUGAACGAGGAGAUAACAUUCAUACUGAGAUGAUGACGAUCUUGACGAAAGGGAAGAUGAUUCUUGAGAAACAUUUGGAGAGUUUCGUUCAGGAGGGUCUUUGUCCGAACAAAUGCGGUUUGUUGUAUCAGACUGUUAUGAACUGUGAGUCAUGCCAAUAUGAGCAACGUACUUGCCCGUCAGCCACACCUCCUGAAGACUGCGGUGACCACCAUGUGGAGGCUGAGGAGGGGGAUGAGGUGGUACUGGACUGUUUCCUACCCUGGCACAGCCUGGUCACUGGACACAAGAGCUACCACUACUCACGGAGACCUGGCCUACAAAACGUGACAUCUGGAGAUGAGUUUCAGGUCCUGGUGGUCACGUCCGACUCCAACAUUGUCCUUAACCAGCUGUCGGUGGCCGAGCAGGGUGUGUACCUAUGCCUCCUACAGGACAACAACGGUACUGUCUACUCCCGCACUUCCUUCACUCUCUCAGUGUCCGCUCUGCCCCUGACCACCCCUCGGCCGGUCAUGACCCUUCCCUCGGUGCCCUCGGUGCCCUCGGAGGGUCGCGAUGGCGUGGCGCUGCACCCAAACACGCUCCUCAUCAUCCUGGGUCUCCUCUCUGCCCUCAGCCUGGCCGCCAGCCUCUCACUGCUCAUCGCCCUCAGUCGCACAAUGCUGAAGCGACAGAGUCACAGGAAGGAGAAGUGGAGGAGUGGAGUGGAGGAGGAGGAGGAGGAGGAGGAGAGGUGCGAGCUGAUGACACCGCCAGAGAUAACACGGAGUGAGAGACAGAUAGAGAGGAAGUAA